CGCGAGUUGCGCGGCUUGAGCUCGUGGGUCUGUGAGACCCGAAAAUUGAGAGCUUGCUCGCGACCCGGCAGCUGCAGCCGGCGGCUCUGCGGCCGUCACCAUGCCACAAAACGAAUAUAUUGAGUUACACCGGAAGCGCUAUGGCUAUCGUUUGGAUUACCACGAGAAAAAGAGAAAGAAGGAAGGUCGAGAGGCUCAUGAACGUUCAAAGAAGGCAAAAAAGAUGAUUGGUCUCAAAGCUAAGCUCUACCAUAAACAGCGCCAUGCUGAGAAAAUACAAAUGAAAAAGACUAUCAAGAUGCAUGAAAAGAGAAAUACCAAGCAAAAGAAUGAUGAAAAGACUCCACAAGGAGCAGUCCCUGCAUAUCUCCUGGACAGGGAGGGACAGUCCCGAGCUAAAGUACUCUCCAAUAUGAUUAAACAAAAACGAAAAGAGAAAGCAGGAAAAUGGGAAGUCCCUUUGCCCAAAGUUCGUGCCCAGGGAGAAACAGAAGUAUUAAAAGUUAUUCGAACAGGAAAGAGAAAGAAGAAGGCAUGGAAGAGAAUGGUUACUAAAGUCUGUUUUGUUGGAGAUGGCUUUACUCGAAAACCGCCUAAAUAUGAAAGAUUCAUUAGGCCAAUGGGCUUACGUUUCAAAAAGGCCCACGUAACACAUCCUGAAUUGAAAGCCACCUUCUGCCUGCCAAUACUUGGAGUAAAAAAGAAUCCCUCGUCCCCACUCUAUACAUCUUUGGGUGUUAUUACCAAAGGUACGGUCAUUGAGGUGAACGUGAGUGAGCUGGGCCUUGUGACACAAGGAGGCAAGGUUAUUUGGGGAAAAUACGCCCAGGUCACCAACAACCCUGAGAACGAUGGAUGCAUCAAUGCGGUCUUGCUCGUUUGACAGCGGUUUCAGACAAGUAGCUCUUUACAGUUACCGAAAACGACUCACCAGUUAGGAAGACACCAUCACUUUGGUGGUUUCCGAAUACUGCCCAACAGCCUUACAUCUCUGCAGCCAUCAAGAGAACUAUUUAUUCUAUUGUAAAAAAUAUUAAAAGAGACCAGGUUUACAAAUGG